AUGGCUACUACAGGGCAGAAAGAUCAGAACAAAGCCGCCGAGUACUUUGACACAGGCAGUACGAAUGCCUUGCCAAAUGUUGAUCUAGCUAGCGGUAUAUAUGAGGCCCCCAGCCCUAUCGAACCUGAAGCCCAAGUGACCGAACCAGUGUCAGUUACUGGCGGUCCUCUCGAUAAGCAAGAAAGUGGCGGGAGUACUGCUGGUGAAGAGCAGAAAUCUGAGAGUGAGACAGAAGAAGUGGUUGACGGCGAUGGGAACGUUAGCCGCAAACCAAAGGAUACAGCAGGCGCCAGCUCCAUGGUACUAUAG